ACUGUCAAAUUCAAUGCUCGCAUGUACCUUGCAGCAUAAACUGUUUCAGAGUCUGAGAAGGCGACCUUGGCGAUAUUACAAACUUGGCGAACUCGCAUGCCUGGGCGCGACCUCCUUCUCUUUAAUCCGCGGCAGUCGUCGCCAUCGACAACCGCUGCCGACUCUGCUUCGUCCAACGCCGCCGUGCAAUCUAGCACUUCCUCGACCAACACACCCACGCUAUCCUUCACAGACACUCAGGCAUCCACGAUAGCGACCACAGCGUCAUCCACCACCUUGCUCGGUAGCUCGGUAGCUACUAGUACCACCAAUUCCCCGGUACCAUCAAGUAGUUCAUCAAGUAGUUCAUUGCCUCCGACUCAAGCGACGACCUCUCUUGAUGUCAGUACGAUUUCUUCUGCUACAACGUCAUCUCAGCCUGAGUCAACAACAUCCACGUCCGACAUUCCUUCUACAAGUCCAGCUACAGAAACUUCAAGUUCUACAUCUCAGCCGUCUACUUCCACAGCACCGUCUACAUCUCAGUCGUCUACCUCCACAGCACCGUCUACAUCAUCUUCAUCCCCUUCCUCAAGUUCCCCGUCACCACUACCUCUCCUUACCGACAGCCCGACUUCUACGACUCCAACUUCCACGUACGGAGACCAGACAAUAUCCUACAUCACCUCGUACAUCACCUCAUCUUUUGUGACAGUCAUUAAUUCGUCUCCCGUCACAUCCCAAACUAUUAUCCCAACGGUUAUCCCUACGGUCAUCAGUGCCCCAACAACCAACAGCGCCGCUGGCGAUCGCACUGCCAUUGUCGCUGGCUCCGUCAUCGGCGCCGGUGUGCUCCUCGUCAUCAGUCUCUCCGUCUUUUUCUACCGCCAACGUCGGCGUUUCAAACACUUCCACUUCCUCGACACCAUAAACUUGCGCCGACGACAAGCCCGUGCCAGAGAAACGCUGCUCAUGGGCGAGGACCUCGAUGAUGUUGUUCUCGCACGUCCCUCUCCAGGAAGAUACUCCGACUACGAUACCCCCUGGGAUCCGCGCAAUAGUGCAGGAUCGCUUAAUGAUAGCGAGCGCGGCAAACUCAUAGACCCUUUGGUGCGCGGUCCCGAAAUCGACUUGGGCCACAUCAUUGAUGACGUCAUGGGCCCUUCGUCAUCGGGCGCCCAUUACUCUCAAAAUUCCAUAUCAUCUUCCCAUCGCGACUUACCUGGGCACGACGAAUCGGAGCCUCAAACUAGAGAGCUGUCAAAUGUAUCUCAAAUUGCAUUACUAGAGGCUGCGGGCCUCGCUGGGGGCUCUGUUGUACAGCCCACGCGACCUAGCCCACUUGGGCAGAAUGAUCCUGUUGUUACAGGGGGUGAUUAUACCCCGCGACAGUGAUGGCCCCUACGCCCAUCCGUAUCUGUGGUUAUCACUUGUUGUACAGCAUUCGUGCAGCAUGCUGUGAUCAAUAUGACCGCGUUCUUUAUAUGUACUGAUCUUUUUAUCCUAUACAUAAUGUUUGUUGUUUCACUUCAUGACAUAGUAUACUAUUGCUAUCGCCGUGGUUGGUUCAUUGUAGAUCGUCGCUGGACAUGGACACCUGUUGGGGAAGUCGUUUACCAUCAUAUCACGGACUUAUUGCGGACUUCAUACUAUUUAGAUUAUUUGGCUCUGCAUUCCCAUCAGUGACCUAAUUGAUAGGGUGGACGCUGCUAAUCGCGCAUUUAUAUUCACAGCUCAUGAAAGAAUCAGUCAAAUUUG